AUGGACCGGCACAUCCAGCAGACCAAUGACAGGCUGCAGUGCAUCAAACAGCACUUACAAAACCCGGCCAACUUCCACUCGGCGGCCACGGAGCUGCUAGACUGGUGUGGAGAUCCCCGGGCCUUCCAAAGACCUUUCGAGCAAAGCCUCAUGGGAUGCCUGACGGUGGUGAGCCGCGUUGCCGCUCAGCAGGGCUUCGACUUGGACCUGGGCUACCGGUUGCUGGCGGUGUGUGCGGCUAACCGAGACAAAUUCACACCCAAGUCUGCAGCCCUGCUGUCGUCGUGGUGCGAGGAGCUCGGUCGUCUGCUCCUGCUCCGUCACCAGAAGAACCGGCAGAACGAGCCCCCGGGAAAAGUGCCCAUGCAGCCCAGCCUGAACAGCAUGAAGCCCGGACUCACGCACAGACACUUGGAGCAAAAAAGCCGUGUGUUUAAUUACGAUGUGUCAGACUGGCCCCAUCCGGUAACGACGGCUGAUAAGAGACACGUCAUACCAUCACGUGUCGGCCAUGACGAAGGCGGAAGCUUCCCGCUGAAACAUGUCAGUGAUGGCUCCUUUCCUUACGACUCUGUGCCCUGGCAACAGAACACUAACCAGCCUCCUGGGUCCUUGUCUGUGGUUACCACAGUGUGGGGUGUCACCAACACCACGCAGAGCCAGGUUUUGGGGAACCCCAUGGCCAACAGUAACAACCCCAUGAACCCCGGAGGAAACCCGAUGGGUACCGGAAUGUCGGGCAGCGGAGGAGGCAUGAACUCGCCGCAGUUCAGUGCGCAGCAGCAGCAGUUUCCCAACAAAGGAGGCUCCAACCAGGCAUACAUGCAGCAGGGCAUGUACGGUCGGCCGGGAUACCCAGGAGGCCCUGGGGGGUACAGCGGCAGUUAUUCGACAGGUCCAAACUCGGCUCCAGGAGGGAUGGGCAUGGCGUCUCACAAUCGGCCUCCUGGUGACUUCACACAGCCUGCUGCUGCUGCUGCAGCUGCUGCUGUCGCCGCCGCUGCUGCCACAGCAACAGCCACGGCCACCGCCACAGUGGCAGCGCUGCAGGAGACCCAGAAUAAAGACAUGAAUCAAUACGGACAGAUGUGUUCUUCAUUUCAAAUGGGCCCCACGCAAGCCUACAACAGCCAAUUCAUGAACCAGCCUGGCCCCAGAGCGCCCCCUGGAGGCAUGAACCCAGGCAACAUGGGAUCGGGCAUGAAUAAUCCCAACAUGAGUGGACCUCCCAUGGGCAUGAACCAGGCCCGAGCCCCUGGCAUGGUCCCGUUUGGGGGACACGGCCAAAGGAUGCCCCAGCAAGGCUACCCUGGUGGUCCCAGACCGGGCAUGCCCAUGCAGGGCAUGAAGAGGCCGUACCCUGGAGAAGGUUACGGGGGUCAGCAAUAUGGACCUAACAGCCAGUUUCCCCCACAGCAAGUCCAGUACGGCGCCUCCACCCCAUCCAGACCACUCCCCUCUCCAAACUAUCCUGGGCAGAGGAUGCCCGUGCAGCAGGGGCAAGGCCAGUACCCCCCAGGGGUGCCCAUGGGCCAGUACUACAAGCCUGAGCCUUUUAAUGGUCAGAGCAACAAUUUCUCUGGAGGAGGUUACUCUUAUGGCCAAGGGAAUGGGCCCAGGCCGGGUAACUACCCUCACUCGCCUGUCCCUGGGAACCCCACGCCCCCCAUGACCCCAGGUAGUAGUAUACCCCCUUACCUGUCGCCCAACCAGGACGUCAAGCCCCCGUUCCCCCCUGACAUGAAACCAAAUCUGUCUGCGCUUCCGCCCCCUCCGUCCAAUCCCAAUGAAGAGCUGCGGCUCACGUUCCCGGUUCGGGACGGUGUGGUGCUGGAGCCAUUCCGUCUGGAGCACAACCUGGCUGUCAGUAACCACGUCUUCCACCUGCGGCCUUCUGUCCACCAGACCCUCAUGUGGAGGUCAGACUUGGAGCUGCAGUUCAAAUGCUACCACCACGAGGACCGGCAGAUGAACACCAACUGGCCGGCCUCGGUGCAGGUCAGUGUGAACGCCACUCCCCUGACCAUCGAGAGAGGGGACAACAAGACCUCCCACAAGCCCCUGCACCUCAAGCACGUGUGCCAGCCCGGCAGGAACACCAUCCAGAUCACCGUCACCGCCUGCUGCUGCUCGCACCUGUUUGUUCUGCAGCUGGUGCACCGGCCGUCUGUGCGCUCCGUCCUCCAGGGCCUGCUCAAGAAGCGACUGCUGCCCGCCGAGCACUGCAUCACCAAAAUCAAGAGGAACUUCAACAGUGUGGCAGCGUCGGCGGGGAACACCACUCUGAACGGAGAGGACGGCGUGGAGCAGACCGCCAUCAAAGUGUCUCUGAAAUGUCCCAUCACGUUCAGACGAAUCCAGCUGCCCGCGCGAGGCCACGACUGCAAACACGUUCAGUGCUUUGACCUGGAGUCGUACCUUCAGCUGAACUGUGAGAGGGGGACGUGGAGGUGUCCUGUAUGCAAUAAAACGGCGUUACUAGAAGGAUUGGAGGUGGACCAGUACAUGUGGGGAAUCCUCAAUGCCAUUCAAAAUUCGGAGUUCGAGGAGGUGACCAUCGACCCCACGUGUAGCUGGCGGCCGGUGCCCAUCAAGUCAGAGCUCCACAUCAAAGAGGACCCAGACGGACCCCUGGCCAAGCGCUUCAAGACCAUGAGCCCCAGUCAGAUGACCAUGCCCAACGUGCUGGACAUGAUCGCCCAGCUGGGACCUGGGCCGGGGCCAGGAGGCCAAGGACCAAGUCCUUACCCCCCACACCCGGGACAGCACGGCAGCGGCAACGGAGACUACCCUGGACCAGGCAACAGUUACCACAGCCAGGGGAACUUUGACUUCCCUCAUGGAAACCCGUCCGGAGGAUUAGGAGGAGGAGGCCCCCCCAUGACUGACUUUAUGCACGGACCCCAACUCUCCCACCCCCCUGACGGCCCUGGAGGUCUGCUGCCUCAGGACAAGCCGCUCAGCCACGCCAUGAACGAAGCUAUGUCCCACCCCGACCAGACCCAUAGCUCCAUGCAGCAGAGCAUGCAUGCGUCGCCCCACGCCGGCAGCCAAUCGGGGCAGCCCUUGCAUCACAGCAGCCAAUCGGGGCAGCCCCUGCAUCACAGCAGCCAAUCAGGGCAGUCCUUGCAUCACAGCGGCCAAUCAUCGCAGCCUCCUCGCCAGUCGCAGCCCCCUCCUGCGCAUCCCCCGCCUCCGCAGCCUCAGCAGCAGCAGCAGCAGUCGGGCCAGAACACACACCCACACAGCGAGCUGAGUUUUAACCCCUCGUCAGACUCCUCGCUGGGGCCAGGACAGGACAUGCCUGAACCGUCGCUGGAUCUGCUUCCAGAGCUGGCCAACCCAGACGAGCUCCUGUCGUACCUGGACCCCCCGGACCUCCCCUCCAACAGCAACGACGACCUGCUCUCCCUCUUUGAGAACAAUUAA